AUGAUCCCCAGACAGCAGUUAUUACGCUUGCGCGUCGUCAGCCGGAGCACCGGCGCAACGCGACGCGCCUUGAGCAGCACCAGUGUUCAAAAGCACAACGGAGCUUCCGCGGCGCCAGCAGAGACGGCGCCCAACUCACGAUGGCUUUCAGAUAUGCGACAUCGACUAUCUACGGGAAUUUCCAAGAGGGCAGAUGAGCCAAAGAUCGUCUCGCAGCUCAAGCAUCACAUGAGCUAUCUGGACCAGCACUGGCUCAAUCUAUCUGCCGGCCGCGAGGGCUUUCUCAUCGAACCUCAAUGGAGGGGACUGGACAAGCAUAACAUCGCAUGGGGAGACAUGGACUCAAUGGGUACGAUUACCGUGCCAGACACACGGCCAUAA